AUGUAUACAUUGCAAAGAUUAUCUAGUAUUAUCUUGAAAUCAUGGUGUUUUACUGCUGUGUUCCCAAUUGUAAAUCUUCAGGAUUUGAUGAAAAUAUAUCAAUGCAUAAAUUUCCAAAUGAUGAAAGGCAAAUUAAGGUGUGGAAAGACAGGAUACGUAGGUCAGGGUCAUCGGCUACAAAGGAUGACUUUAGAGUAACAGCCAGCACCAGAGUCUGUUCAAAACAUUUCCAAUCUGUAGACUAUGUUUGCCCAGAUGCAGCAAAGAAACGUUUAAAGUGUGAUGCAGUUCCGUCUGUUUUCACAUGGAUUCACACACCAAAGCGGAAGUCACCGAGAAAGAGAAAGUUUGAGGACAGCGAUGAGACAGACACUGCAUCAGAAGGCGAGGAGAGAGUGCAUCAGGAAGUACAGGCUAAUAUAGUCAUGCCGUGUACUCAUAGAUUCUCAAUGAAUAACAUCGUACAUUCCAAUCCUAAGCUGAAUUUGUUACGUUUUUAUACAGGCUUUGCAACUAUUGCAGUUUUCAAUACCGUUUUAGAACUGAUUGUGCCAAAGAAGGACCGAUCGAAGUUCAAUAACAUACUGGGAUCGACGCAAAAGUAG